AUGCCACGAGAUAGAUUACAGGAGUUGAGGGAGAAAGCUUCCGGAAACCAUAUUUAUCAUGAACCUGAGACAAAAGAUCCAGCCAACCAGCCUCUCAUCGACCCAUCUGCCGAUUUUGGAAUGUUUCUGGAACGAUGUUCGAACCUCCGACAAAGUCUGAAAAGUCUAGAUGAUGAGUAUGACGCCAUAGUACAACUUCAUGGAUCUCUUCUCUCAACCCCUGGAGCGGAUGCAGAUAACUCCGUCAAACUGAAUAAUCACUCACAGAUGUUUAUCACAAAAGCAGAUCAAAUACAGAAAAGUUUGAAAAUACUAUCGGAGGAAACUAGGAAUUUACCUGCAAACGCGUGUGGAAUCUCUCGGGCAAAGAACGAACAAGUACGGGCAAUCUACAGAACAUUCGAAACUAUGAUGAUCAAGUUCAAUAAGGAACAAGAAGAAUAUAAAGACAAGGCAAAAAGGAAAAUAGUUGACUACUUGAAAAUUAGAAACAUGCAGCUUAGCGAUGAGGAAAUCGAAGACGCAGUAUCUUCAGGAAACUUGUCAGAACUGACGAAAGGUGUUAUGCUGGCGUUGAAUGAGAAGAAGGCACUGUAUGAUGAUGUCAAAUCACGUGCUGACGAAUUGAAGAAUCUGGAACGACAGAUGGGAGAACUCGCGCAAAUGUUCCAUGAUCUCCACAUUCUGAUUGUCAGUCAAGGCGAGAUGGUGGACCAUAUUGAGAAUAGCGUUCAUAACGCUACUGAAUAUGCUCAGAGAGCCCGUGGAAACGUUGAAGAAGCUCGAACACUGCAGAAACGUGCUAGAAAGAUGAAAGUGUGCAUCAUCAUCGGAGCAAUCAUUGCAGUAUUGAUCCUUCUUGUCUUCUUCCAAGCUGCUAAGACAAUGACCAAUCAUCAUAUCGAACGUGAUCUUCACAGCGCUUCUGUAUACACUCAUCAAGCUCGUUCGGAUGUCGCAGAGGCAAGAAAACUCCAACAACGAGCCCAAGCCAUGAAGGUGUGCAUUGUCAUUGGUGUCAUCAUUGCUAUCUUGAUUCUGAUUUUUGCUUUUCUUGAGUCAAACAUGUGCCAAUUCUUGUCCAUUUGCUGA